GAUUCAAAAAUGGCCAUCGCAGUCGCCCUCUGGAGUGCUCAGGCAAAUUCCGCCGAGACCUCGCAAAUUAUCCCGCAGAGUGACCUUAGGAUCACAAACAUCGCAUUGGGCGAGGAGCUCACAGACGAGUCUGGCCGCACAACUGUCAAGUUGAUCUACCGCCCGCCCAUAGCGCGAGACAGCGACGAUGAGGACGAGGACGAGGACGAUGACGAGUCUGACCCCUCGAAGGAUCUGAGCGUCACUGUCCUGUGCUCACUCACGCCUGGCAAGAUUGAGCAGGCCACGGUAGACAUCGUGCUGGAUCAGGAUGAAGAGUACCUCAUCGAGAUUGUUGGCAAAAACACUGUCCACCUCACUGGAAACUACAUUGACCAGAUGCCUCCGGACCAAGUCCCUUACAACGAUGAAGACGAGGAUGAUUCUGACGAAGAAGCCUAUGACCUUCGCGAGGUGAGCUCCGAUGUCGAGUAUGACCCCGACGAGAUGGAGAUCCCUAGCGAGGAUGAGGGCCGUUUCGAAGAAGUCAACUCCGAUGCGGAAGAGGCCCCCAAGCAGGAGGCGAGCAAGAAGCGCCCGCGCGAGUCUGAUGCAAUGGAGACCGACGCUGCGGAGGACAAGCUGUCCAAGUCGCAGAAAAAGAAGCUCAAGAAGCUGAAGGCCGCAGAUGGAAAGGCUGUGGAGACGGGCGCGGAGUCGACUGCCGUGAAGGCAAAUGCCGAGGCGAAGGAGGGCGAGAAGAAGGAAAAGAAGGAGAAAAAGGACAAGAAGGCAGAGAAGGCAGAGAAGGCAGAGAAAACAGAACAAACAGCUGGUGAGGAGAAGCAGCUGGAAGGCGGCGUGAAGAUCAAGGAUCACAAAAUCGGCUCUGGACCGAAAGCCAAGAAGGGUGAUAUGGUUUCGAUGAGAUAUCUUGGCAAGCUGCAAAAUGGCAAGGUGUUCGACAAGAAUACCGGCGGGGCACCUUUUAAGUUCCGUCUCGGUAGUGGGGAGGUCAUAAAGGGAUGGGACGUUGGCAUUACGGGCAUGCAAAUCGGUGGCGAGCGCUUGCUUACCGUGCCUCCGAACAUGGGUUAUGGCAAGAAGAAGCUAGACUCCAUCCCUGCCAACUCCACACUUAUUUUCGAGGUCAAACUACUCAAGAUCAACUGAGUGCUCUUCGGCGUUGUUCAUGUCGUCAUGCUGUGCUGCUAUGGUUAGCUAUGAUGCUUGUGCUCUUCACCUGAGGCUCAGGUGUAAAAUUACUGUAUGGCCCAGUUAGUUCGCAUCCAUGGACGUGGGUUGUCAUUUGCCCUUUGGUUUGGCCGAACAUUCUUAGUAUGUAAUCUGGCGUAGGAAUUGAUUUCUCGAUGCCAUGCGAUGAUCGUCCAAUGCAACUUGGCGCUAUCCGAUGAUAUGGCUCCAAUUU